GCCGCAACUUGGCGAGGUAGUCUCUAACGUCGCUGCUCGGCAUCCCUAGGACAGGCCGCCCCUGACGCCGCGCGGGGACCCCACUGGCCCGCGCCCCCCAUGCGCUCACUCUUUGGUGCCCGGCCGGGCGGGCGCCGCGCGGACGCGGAGCCGCGCGGGUGACGGCAGAGGCGGCUGCGCGCCCAGCCCAGCCCGCGGAGAGGGCGCGCCGCGCCCCCGCCCCCCGCCCGCUCUCGGGAGGCCGAGGGUGCGGAUGCGCCUCUGACGACUCGCAGCCACCAGCAGUGCCGCCGGCCCGCCGGCCGGAGCCCGCAGCAUGGCAGCCGCCGCCUAUGUGGACCACUUCGCCGCCGAGUGCCUCGUGUCCAUGUCGAGCCGCGCGGUCGUGCACGGGCCGCGGGAGGGGCCGGAGCCCGGACCCGAGGGCGCGGCCGCCGCUGUCGCCGCCACGCUGCCCCGCGUCGAGGAGCGCCGCGACGGCAAGGACAGUGCCUCGCUCUUCGUGGUGGCGCGGAUCUUGGCGGACCUCAACCAGCAAGCGCCGGCGCCCGCCCCGGCGGAGCGCAGAGAGGGCGCCGCGGCCCGGAAGGCGAGGACCCCCUGCCGCCUGCCGCCUGCGCCGCCACCCGCCCCCGAGCCCACCUCCCCCGGCGGCGAAGGUGCGGCGGCCGCGCCCCUCAGCCCCGCGUGGAGCGAGCCCGAGGCCGAGCUCGAGGCGGGGCUGGAGCCAGAGCGGGAGCCAGGGCCCGCGGGGAGCGGCGAACCCGGCCUCAGACAAAGGGGCCGGCGGGGCCGAAGUCGCGCCGACCUGGAGUCCCCGCAGAGAAAGCACAAGUGCCACUACGCGGGCUGCGAGAAAGUUUACGGGAAAUCCUCGCACCUCAAGGCGCACCUGAGAACUCACACAGGUGAGAGGCCCUUCGCCUGCAGCUGGCAGGACUGCAACAAGAAGUUCGCGCGCUCGGACGAGCUGGCCCGGCACUACCGCACGCACACGGGCGAGAAGAAGUUCAGCUGCCCCAUCUGCGAGAAGCGCUUCAUGCGCAGCGACCACCUGACGAAGCACGCGCGCCGCCACGCCAACUUCCACCCGGGCAUGCUGCAGCGGCGCAGCGGGGGCUCGCGGACCGGCUCCCUCAGCGACUACAGCCGCUCGGACGCCAGCAGCCCCACCAUCAGCCCGGCCAGCUCGCCCUGAGCCGGGCCCCUGCCCGCCCGCGGCCGCACAGCCCCGCCCUCCCCGCC